CUCGUCAACUAAGUUUCUUCACUCUCCACUUCAUAAUAUCAACUUCAUUCUAAACAAUUAGAAAGAACAAAUUAUACAUGUCUCCACAAACAUAAAGAAUAUUAAUUUGUUAAGGAAAAUAUAUUAUUUAGAAUAUUAAAUAUACCGGGAAAGUAAUUAUAUGUGUGGGCGGGUACCCAUGGGUCGGGUUUACCUAAACCCAAACCCAACCCGACCCGGUGAAUAAUGUAGCGGGUUUAAACCCGAACCCGGCCCAAAACCCGUCAACACGGAUUUUACCCGUGUUGACCGGGUUGGGUCGAGUGGGUACCCGUGGGUUCGGGUUUGAUUGCCAUCCCUUAGAUCUGAGUCAAUGGUCAAAGCGAACGAGACAACGGCCUUUCCAUUCCGUUCCAAUUUCCCAUACCCGUGGCAUGGUUUGCAUGUUAGGAAGAAGACAAAACCAGAUCUCCACCUUCACUCGCCAGUUCCUCAUAACAAAACCUAGCUUAGCAGAACCGAACAGACUCCAGCAGCCUAGUCUGCUGAAAUCUAAGCAACAUUCCACCCACCACCAACCUUCCUUCACACCGCCACCAUGGAUCCCACUUCCCAAGCAUCCAAAUCCCACCACCCCACCAACAUCAUUAACAGAGAUCCUCCUCCAACUAAACCCUGUGGCGGCAGUAGCAGGAGUUCAUCUUUCAUGUCUAAUUACUUGUCUCCCAGACUCCUAAACCCAUCUCACCACCACCACCACCCCCGCUCCAGCGACAAAAUGACCGCUUCCGCUGAUUUCGAAGCUUCUUCCUUGUUCCCUGCUGCUAAGGCCAAGUACUACUCCCAGCAGAGGAGGCAGAGUGAUGGCAGGGACGAGAAAGAGACCCUGAAGAGGGUCGUUGGAAAGCACAAAUCUUUACCCGAGGGGAAGAUCAAGAAGCAGGAUUUGGAUGUUGGUUUGGUGUUGGUGGAGGAGGAGAAGAAGAAGAAAGUUUUGGUUUUGAGUGAGAAGACCAAGAAGAAGAACAGUAGCAGCAAGAGGGACGAUGUUGAAGAUUAUGAGUUUGGGAAGAAGGAAUUGAGAAAGGAAAUGGAUCUUUUGUUGCUUGAAGGGGUUGAUGAUGUUAAGAGAAGGAGAUCCAUGAGUGAUUCGCGAGUGGAGUUGGGUGAUUCCUUAGCAAGCAAAAAUGCUAAUAUUGUCUCGGUUGAUAUGCCCCCAUUUAUGCAGAUCCAUGCCAUUGAUUGUGCCAGGAAGACUUGUGAUAGUCUCGAGAAGUUCGUUGCCAAGACCCUCGCUCUCACUCUCAAGAAGGAGUUUGAUAGUGUUUAUGGUCCGGCAUGGCAUUGCAUUGUAGGGACAAGUUUUGGGUCCUUCGUGACCCAUUCAGUUGGUGGGUUUCUCUAUUUCUCAAUGGACUCCAAAUUCUAUGUCCUCUUGUUUAAGACUACAGUCCAGAGAGCAGCAGUUUCAGUUGAAUAAUUGGGAUUACAGGACGAACCCAUUGAAAUAGAACCACAAACUCUUU